CAGAAGACUUUUUAACAGCUCGCAAAUCCUCAGCGGCGGUCCUGCCUUCUCCACUGUUCCGACUGGACUGGUUUCGGACGAAACGCGUUCGUCGACUGGGCGCCUCCGGUCUUGGAGUUCCUCGUGGUAACGCAACAGCCGGAUGGCGAAAAACGAGCAUUUGUGUGUGUUUACCAGCGCCGCAGGAGAGAAACAGAUGAGGGAAUUGUUUGACGGAAACACCAGAGCAAACAACUUUUCGUAUGGGAGGAGCAAGUUCCACCGUGCUGUACGUCUCUCUCUAGUGCUCUGGGCGCCUUCCGUCACAAAGGCAUGCCUCGAGCUGUCUGCCGGUGUGGUCGGCCUAGCCGUUCGAGCCGACGAGGUUUUUUCGCUUGAUUCUUCGUUUCUUUCGUCUCGUCCUGCUUUCUUUUUUUGAUUUUCACUUGUCUGGACUCGAGGCAGGUCUUCAGACAGAGAUCUCCGAUUCUCCACCGGUUAAGUUCCAGACGCUCAGGUGUGCUGGCCGACGCGUGCAGUGUUGCCGGUCAAUUCCCAUCCCCAAUCUGAGGUGUAUGUACACCGCAGAUUUCGCGCCUCUCUGGUCAUCAGAACGGAAAGACCAACUAUCUGCGUAUAAAAGUGAUACUGCGUGGCGUCGCUCUGAUCUCUCGAUACUCCAUUUUUCUUUGUCCAGUUUCAGAUGGUCUCUCUGUUCUCCUGUGCCCUUUCCACGAAGUCCUCUCUUGGGGGUCAGCAAGAGCAACGGGUCGCGCCUUUGACGCGUUCGAUUCCGUGAGGAAUCUCGCCGUUAUUGACUCUCCUCUUUGCCGAGUGUCGUCUUCCGCCUCGUGCUUCUGAACGUCACGCUCUUCGCGACCAAUCUCCGGUGCCCAAAAGUCCACUGGCUGUCAGUCUCUGCCCCAGUUCCCUUUGUUCCGCCUCGUCUCCCGGUUCUCUCAGAUCCCUUCGUCCCCGAUCGGUCGUCGACCUCGGAAUUUCGCUCGAUCAACGGCGGUCGUAUACGUCUGUGUUGUGAAGAAGAAGACGCAUGUCGCUUUCGCAAAACAGAGAAGAGCGGGCGCGACGGAAACGUAACCAAGGAGGAGGCCGCCGGACGCUGUCUGUACACCCGACCGCGCGGCCGGUUACCUCUCGACGCGAAGACGACUGUGCUUGUUUGCUGGACAGUUCUCAUUCAGUGUGUGCUCUCGCGCAUCUCCGGCUUCGACAACGUCAGCUGCUUUGGUAGAGAGAAUUGUUUUCGCGGUUGUUUCCUCUCCUCUCGUCUCGGAUUUCUUUCUCUCCUCUCUUCUCCUUUCUCGUCCUUCUGCCUUCUUUUCGUCUACGCCACUCAGUCUCUUUUUCAAGAAGCUCCGCAGCUCGGAAAUGACUUUUCCAGGUUCUCGACGCGAUGGAGAGGUCCUUCCCUCAGCUGUCUCCUUCCAUUCCUCCCCAUGAGUCUGGAGAAUCGUCCGCGGUCCACUAUUCUUCUGUCUCACCUCGAGAUACCUCAACGUUUUGCCAUGAGUCGCAUGCAGAGAACGCCCAGAGCGCGUCGACUCCUGCGGAUCUCUCUGUGGCUAAAAGUGCCACGGUGCCUGCCUCACGCUGUGGAGAACAAACAGUUCCGUCUCUCACCAUUUCGCCUCAGAGUGAGAAGGGGGGAUGUUCUCCGUCAGACUCUCCUGCGGGAGAAGAGACUCGAGGGCGGUCUUCGCCGCGUGCAUCUUCCUCCGGGGAAAGGGAGAACUCGCUUUCAGUGCCAGCCUCGGAGUACGAGACAGGAAGAGCGUCUCCGGCGGAGCUUGCCAGCGAAGUUCUGAGGGGAGAGACAAAGAAAAGUGGAGAGGGAGACGAGAGGAGAGAAGAAGGAGAGAGACAGGGAGACGAGAGGAGAGAAGAAGGAGAGAGAGAGGGAAACGAGAGGAGAGAAGAAGGAGCAAGAGAGGGAGACGAGAGGAGAGAAGAAGGAGAGAGACAGGGAGACGAGAGGAGAGGAGUUGAAGGGCCGAAGAGGGAGAGAGACAGCAGGGAAUGCGACGAAAGGAGAAAGGAUGAAGAAGGAAGUACUGGCGAGCGCAGGGCUGAAGAGACGGGGGAAGAGGAAAGCAAAGAGGAAGCGUCUGAGAGAGAACGCAGCGUGGAACUGUCGGAGAGGAACGUGAAAGAGAGAGAGCGAGGGGGGGCGACGGCUGCUUCUCCUCUUCCAUCUACAGUCAGAGAUCCGGGAUUUCAGAGCGAAGUGAGGACUGAGAGCGCCUUCUCGCGCUCCAGCGCUUACAGCAUUGUCUACUCAGGUCGAACCACUCGCUCUGAACGGACAGAGGGAGAGAAGCGGAGUCGGGGAGGCGGCGCCUCCGCAACGACGCCGUCGUCGUCAUCUGCUGCCCGCAGCCGCGGAGAAGAGAACACCCGCUUUGAAUGCAACAUUUGCUUCGACGAGGCCACAGAUCCUGUCGUCACUCGCUGCGGGCACCUGUUCUGCUGGACUUGCCUCCACGCCUGGCUGCGGCGGGGGACGUACGAAUGCCCCGUCUGCAAGGCGCACACAACAGUCCGCAACGUCAUUCCAAUUUACGGGCGAGGAGCAGAGAAGCAUCCCCGAGACGCGUCGGAAACAGGCAACUCUGGUGCAGGGAGCGUUCCCGAGAGGCCUCGGGCAGAACGGCCAGAGCCUGAGCCCCAGAGUCGAUCGGGCGCCAGUUUCGGGGGAGGAACUGGCGGCGCGACGUUUUCCUUUGGCCUGUUUCCUUUCUUCGGCUUGGGCGUGACUUGGGGAGGCGGAGUGUUGAACUCGGGAUUCUCCUCCUCUGCCUCUUCAGCCUUCGACUGGCUCUUCUUUCCGCCUGGUGCUCACCAGCGCGAUCGUGGAGCUCCUCGACAAGACCAAGUUCUCACAGAGGAACAACAGCGCAUGCAGUCCCUCGGCUUCCUCCUGCUCGCUUUCUGCUUCGUUCUAUACAUAAUUUUCCUUGCCUAGAACGGCUGCUUUCUGUCGACGGCAACUUGCGGCACAAGACCUCUCGCCUUGUCGUUGUGCGCGCUCCCAGUCAAGGGAACAGAACAAGCGCAUGCAAGCGAGAGCGCCGAGUGAACAAAGCAAAAGGGCAGUUUACGGAGACAUAGGAGUCGCUCCCAGGAUCGCGAAGCAUGGGGUGUCGACCGACCUAGACGUUGCGGGUCUUUUUCCGGCUUCAGAGGGAACAUGUGAAGCAGCGUAUGAGCAGAAGCUCGUUUGCUUCACGGCUGUUUCUCCCCGCGUUGGAUUUAGGACGCAACUAAGCAAGCCACGCAAGCAGUCGUGACAAGAACUGUUUUCCGCGCACACAGCUUGCCCCCCUGGGAUUCCUGGCGUGGUGGCCGUUGCUGCGCCUCUCUCAUUUUGUCUUCUGGGUCGGCGCGCGGGAACGAGUAAAAGACUUUUUUGCCGUGUUUGCGCCAGGAUGUAGCGACGAAAAAAUGCGUUUGAUCUAGUUGUGCGUUCUGGAAUGCAUUUCAAGCAUGUUCUUGUCAGUGCUGUCGUCUGUGUGUGUGUGCAUACCUCCCCUACCGCACAUGCAUGCGAGGAAUACGAGGUUUAGGCGGUCCCAGACUCGAGAGGUUCGGACUGCACGGGGUAGUGACUGCUUCAAUUUCCACUUGAAGAGAUGACAGAAAGCGCUUUUGCUGGCGUUGGGGAACCGCGGU